AUGAGAACGUCCAAAUUUCCAUGUAGGGGAUUGGAUUAUCGCCUAUGCUUUCUGACUUUUGCUGUAUGUUUGCUGUUGUUAGGAACAGUUUCAAGAUUGAAUUUUCCAAAUGUUUCUCAUGCCACAUUCACCAAGUUAGAAAACUACAAUCCUAAGAGAGUUAUAUCAAAAGGAAAAGGGUACCCUCCUGUGUUUGCAUAUUGGAUUUUUGGCACCAAUGGAGAGAGUAAGAAGAUGUUGAGGCUGUUGAAGGCUGUAUACCAUCCAAGAAACCAGUACCUACUUCAGCUUGAUGAUGGUUCCUCUGAGUCUGAAAGAAUGGAUUUAGCUCUUUCAGUUAAAUCCCUUAAAGUGUUUGAGGCUUUUGGAAAUGUGAAUGUCAUUGGGAAAAGUUAUGCCAUCAAUAGGAUGGGAUCAUCUGCACUUUCUGCACCUCUGCAUGCUGCUGCUUUGCUUCUUAAAGUGAACACAGAUUGGGACUGGUUCAUCACCCUAAGUGCUUCAGAUUAUCCUCUCAUGACUCAAGAUGAUAUCCUUCAUGCUUUCACAUUCUUGCCAACAUAUCUCAACUUCAUUCAUUACACUAACAAGACAGUUCGGAACGAGCAACGAGACAUUAAUCAAAUUGUGGUAGACCCAAGUUUACAUAAUGAAAAGAGUAGUCCACUUUUCUUUGCUGUGGAGUCCCGAGAUACCCCAGAUGCUUUUAAGAUAUUUCAAGGUUCACCCUGGGUGAUUCUUACAAGAGCUUUUAUGGAGUACUGUGUCAGUGGUUGGGACAAUUUACCAAGAAAACUUCUAAUGUUCUUCAGCAAUGUGGCAUAUCCUGUGGAAUCUUAUUUCCACACAGUCUUGUGUAACUCACCCGAGUUCCAGAACACCACUGUGGACAAUAAUCUAAUGUACAAUCUUUGGGACACUGAUCCAUCUGAAUCCCAAUUGCUUGAUUUGUCACACUAUGAUACAAUGUUGGAAACUGGGGCUGCAUUUGCACGUCCAUUUGGAGAAGGUGAUCUGUUUCUAGAGAAAAUUGAUGAAUUGAUUCUUAACCGGUCAUCUAAUGGGUUGGUUCAUGGAGAGUGGUGUUCAAACUCAGAAAUAAAUAAGACUACAAAAGUUUCAGAAACUGAGGAAGAUUUAUGCUCACUAUAUGGCAACAUUGAUGCUGUAAAGCCAGGGUUGUUUGGCAUCAAGCUUAAAACUCUAUUAGCUGAAAUUGUCAACAAUAGGAGAUUUAGAACUAGCCAGUGCCAAUUUCAAAAGGGGUGA